UCCGCGCGCGUAGUAACGACUCGUUCGCUGUCUCGUAAAUAGAGUAGUACUAGUUAGUACGGUGGUGAUUUUCGGCUCGAACGGACGUCGGUCGGCAACUAGUAGUGGCUCAGUGAAACAUCGAACGGAACCAAUCCCCUUCAACGGGAAAACCGAAGCCGCUCGCAGUCAGUGUUGUAUAUCAUCACUGGCAUUUAAUUGAUCUAUUUUUAAUAUCAUUCGUCGUUCCCCACGCGUUUUCCGCGCCAUCGUCGUGCCGUGGCGGUCGAUGACUACUAGAUUUCCACCAUCAUCAUCACCACCCCCAACGCAAUAUAACGGGAUAUCGGUUUUUUCUUUGAGUGACGACGCAGCAACCCGGUUAGGGAACAAAUCUCGCGGGAAGCGUGAAGAUCUAGAGUGACAUGGUAUUUUCCAACCACAGUAACGCUGCCUUCUUACCACUAGACAGUGACCAAGGUGUAACUUUUUACAAAAACGAGAACUUGCUGUUCGCGCCACCACCACCAGUAGGAGCAGCUUCCCCCACCGCGCUGGUUUGCCGACGGAACACCCCAGUUGCAGCAAUGCUGUCCACUUCAACCGGAAGUAACCCUUUCAGUGGCCAGCCGCUGCUCCACGGGCCCCGGCAGCACCAUGGAAACAACGUUUGUGAUGACUUCCAACCGGUGGCCCAUCUUAGCUCCAACGGUUACUACGGAUACGUGCCGCCGGCCAACUUGAUGCCCACCAAGGUGAUGUCAACAGUAGAGCAGGCGGCGGCGGUAACGCCCCCCGUUGUCAACGGUAAUGGUGUGGGUAUCUUAUUGGAUUCGAUCCAUCCGGUAACCGCCGCCGCCGCCACCGACGAUUCUUAUUCGAUGAUGAUGGACUGCGGCGGUGGUGGUGGAGGUGGUGCCGGGAUUGCCCAAGUGGAAAACUACCACCAACAGCAACAACAUUUACGAAAGCGAAAAGAGUACAGCGAUGUAGUGGAAGCCAACUGCAAACGGCGGAAGACUUGGCUGGAGCAACCGCACGAUGCAGGUUUUGUGAACUCGCCCAGUUGGAACCAACCAUCUAACAAUCAAAUGGACUGCCAGGACCAACCCAUGGACACAUUUUCGUCUCAACAGAACCAGUUCCAGCAUCAAUCACCCAUCACCAUGAACGCAUCAACCACUAUCGCCUUCAACGGUUUCCAGCACCAGAAUCAUCAUCAUCUAGGGCAGCAUUUGCAGCAACAGCAGCAGUCAACUUUGAUCUCAACUCCACCGAUGCCAGAAACACCACCGCAGCAGCACACCAUCCUGCAGCCGAAAAAUCGUUUGUUCCACCAUGCUAGUUCGCCUUCUCCUAAUAUGGCCCGACUAGGGUCCAGUGAACACCCCCCGACCCACCAGCAGCUUCAUCAUCACCGCUGCCCCACUUUCAACGGUGGGGCAAACGACUGCCAACAGUUGGAAGAUCUGUUCAUCAGCUUACAUGGGUCCGGGUUCUAUCUGGCGUGUUGAGUUGGGGAACCAUAUCCACGGUGUGGGGACAUUUCCUUGUGUGAACAACUGACACACUAACCGAUUCAUUGUGGUACCUACUUACGUAUUGAAGUAACACGUUUUUUUCCUGAUUAGUAUGUAAAUUUUUUUUUUUGCUCAUAAGAUUAAGUUUUAGACUAACACCGACGAUUAUCUCGCUUUUUGUCGUUCGACGCUCUAUAGUUCAAAUUGUUGUACCUUCAUCCUUCUUUUGACCAACGAAAAACGGUAACGACCUUGUUUUUCUAGUUUAUAAUCCUAGUUUUAGUUUUUUUCCUUCAUGGACCUGUGUGCAAAUAACUAGUAAGAAAUUGAUACAAUCAUAGAUAAAUUUUAGUUAUCUAGCAAUGAAACGAUUGAAAAUUAAAGAACAAAAUGGGACACAAUUCGUCAAAUUGUAACUAACACAAUCAUAUCUUGAGAAAGAGUGCUGGAAGUGAUAGGUUUAGUAAUAAGUAAUUGAAGUGAGCGUUUUUAGAAAUAAAUGAUAAGUCGUCUGUGAAAAUCGCAACUUAAUAUUUUUAAAAGUUUGAAUAAAGAUAAUAUUUUUCUUGGAUUA